CAAUUAGUUUAGACAGUCAGGAGAGCUUGAAGUCAGUCUACUCCUCCAAUGACAAAUUAAAACACCCAUUACUCCUACUUCGAUCUGUGGAAAUCCCGGCGGAGUUUUGGAUUUAUUUAAAAACAUGGGAUUUGAGUUGGAUCGGUUUAAAGGGGCUGUGGACCCAGAUUUUAAAUGCAAUUUGUGUAAUAAGGUUCUAGAAGACCCGCUCACUACUCCGUGUGGUCACGUCUUCUGCGCAAACUGUGUGCUGCCAUGGGUUAUCCAGAAAAGCAUCUGCCCCGUCAAAUGUCAAAGGAUCUCCACGACAGAGCUGAACCACGUUCUCCCUCUGAAAAACCUGAUUCUGAAGCUGGACAUAAAGUGUGACAACCAUGCCAGAGGCUGUGAAAAAGUGGUAAAGCUGCAUCAUCUAGCAGAGCAUGCCGAGAUGUGCGAUUACUCACCGGCCAAAUGCAGGAAUAAAGGAUGCAAGGAGGUGCUCAAUCUGAAGGACAUGGAUGCCCAUAUGCGCGAAUCGUGUGAUUACAGACCGGUCGGGAUAUGCGACAGUGGAUGUGGCUUGAUGCUCAUCCACAAAGAGCAAAAAUUAGACACCCAUUGCUGUUUGAAAGCCAUGAAAGCACAUAAUAGUGCAUUGCACGGGAAGGUGGUCAACUUGGACAAAGAGUUCAAAAAGCAAUCAUUGAAAUCAAGCAAAAGAGAGAAAUCACUUAUUGCUCAACUCUCCGCGGUGCACAAUGAGCUACAAAUGACAGCGCUGAAGUAUCAGAAGAAAUUCACUGAAUACAGUGCAAGGAUCGAUUCGCUGACUAGGACCCUUGCUCCCCCGUGCAAGGGCGGGGAGACAAAAAACCUCACAGCCAUCCUUCAUCGGGAGGGAGGUUCUCUGGGCUUCAACAUCGUGGGAGGACGACCAUGUGCGGACGACCAGGAAGGCACUUCGAAUGAAGGAAUUUUUGUAUCCAAGAUCGUUGAGAAGGGACCAACAGACAAGGAGGGAGGCCUUCAGAUCCACGACAGAAUAAUGGAGGUGAAUGGGAAGGACCUGUCCAAGGCCACCCAUGACCAGGCAGUGGAGGUCUUCCGUACGGCCAAGGAGCCCAUCAUGGUCCAUGUGCUUCGCCGGGCCCCCCGCCCCAAACCCUCCAUCCCUGCCUCAGACACCGAGGUGGUAGACAUCAGCACCCAGACAGACAUCACCUUUGAACACAUCAUGGCCCUCACCAAGCUACCUGCCACCACCCCCACCGUGGCUGUGCUGGAGCAAUACCUAAUGCCUGAGGAGCAUUCCCCUGGGCACGAGUACUUUGACCCCAAUGAUUUCCUAGAGGGCAUGCAGCAGGAGAUGGAUCGAGAGGAGCUGGAAUAUGAGGAAGUGGAUUUGUACAGAACCAACAUCCAGGACAAGCUUGGUUUGACUGUCUGCUACAGGACUGAUGAUGAGGACGAGACUGGGAUCUAUGUCAGUGAGAUUGACCCAAACAGCAUCGCUGCAAAGGAUGGCAGGAUCAGAGAGGGAGAUAGAAUUAUCCAGAUCAAUGGAAUUGAGAUCCAGAACCGAGAGGAUGCUGUGGCUUUGUUGACCAGUGAGGAGAAUCAGAAUGUGUGCCUACUGGUAGCCAGACCAGAGAUCCAGCUGGAUGAGGGUUGGAUGGAUGACGACAGGAAUGACUUCCUGGAUGACCUCCACAUGGACAUGCUGGAGCAGCAGCACCACCAGGCCAUGCAGUUCACCGCCAGCAUGCUGCAGCAGAAGAAGCAUGAGGAGGAUGGUGGAACAACAGACACAGCCACCCUGUUGUCCAACCACCACGAGAAGGAUAGUGGGGUUGGCCGCACCGACGAGAGCACGCGCACCGACGAGAGCACACGCAACGACGAGAGCUCUGAGCAGGAGAACCUGGGGGAUGACCAGACUACAGCCUCCAACACACUGGGCAGCUGCAGCCGCAGGAAGCUGACCUACAGCCAGGACACCGUGGGCAGCACUGAACUGCCUUUCAGCAGUGAGUCCUUCAUCUCUGCAGACUACGACCAUGCUGACUUCCUGGGUAUCCCUGCCGAUGAGUGUGAGCGCUUCCGAGAGCUCCUGGAGCUGAAGUGCCAGGUGAGGAGUGUGGGGGGCCCCCAUGGCCUGUACUGCCAGAGUGCCAGGGCCGGAAGGGCCGAAGAGGGGGUGGACAAGGAGCUGGAGCUGCUGAACGAGGAGCUGCACAGCAUUGAGCUUGAAUGUCUCAACAUCGUCCGGGCCCACAAGAUGCAGCAGCUAAGGGAGCAGUACCGUGAGUCGUGGAUGCUGCACAACAGCGGCUUCCGCAACUACAACACCAGCAUCGAUGCGCGCCGCCACGAGCUCUCUGACAUUAAUGAACUGCCCGAGAAGUCGGACAAGGACAGCUCCAGCGCCUACAACACUGGAGAGAGCUGCCGCAGCACCCCCCUCACCCUGGAGCUGUCCCCAGACAACUCCCUCCGAAGGGGGGAAGAGAACCAGGGCGAGGCCGGGGCCUACAGCAGCGCAGGGCUCAACAACAGGAUCCUCAAGCCCCUGCUGUCUCCUGUCCAUGAGGCCGAUGGCCCCAGCAGAAUCAGGCCCUCCUCCUCUAAGGAGUCUGAGUGUGACCUGCAGGUGGAGGAGAAGGAGCGUAAGCUGGGAGAGUCUACUCACAAGCUGGCCCAGCCCCGCUCCCUGUACAAACACGCCCACAUCCCGGCCCAUGCCCAGCACUACCAGAGCUACAUGCAGCUGAUCCAGCAGAAGUCUGCCGUGGAGUAUGCCCAGAGCCAAAUGAGCCUGGUCAGUCUGGUCAGCCGCGGUGACCCUGUGACCCCCAGAGACAUGCUGGAGCCCAAGAAGGAGUGGAAGGUGAAGAUCCGCAGCGAUGGCACGCGCUACAUCACCAAGAGGCCCAUCAGGGACAAGCUGCUGAAGGAGCGCGCCCUGCGUAUCCGCGAGGAGCGCAGCGGCAUGACCACAGACGACGACGCUAUCAGCGAGCUGAAGAUCGGGCGAUACUGGAGCAAGGAGGAGAGGAAGCAGCACGCGGUGCGAGCCAAGGAGCAGAAACAGCGCCGCGAGUUCAUGAAGCAGAGCCGCGCCGACUGCCUGAAGGAACAGGCCAGCCUGGAUGACGACAAGAAGGAGCCCAAUAUCAUUGAGCUGAGCCACAAAAAGAUGAUGAAAAAGAGGAACAAGAAAAUCUUUGACAAUUGGAUGACUAUCCAGGAACUUUUGACCCACGGUGCUAAGUCGCCUGACGGCACGCGAGUGUACAACUCCCUCCUGUCUGUCACCACAGUGUAGGAGGCAGACAGGACAGGCCAGGCCUGGGGUGUAAUGUACUGUAAAUAGGACACUACCGAUUGGGGUACAGAUUUCUGCCUCGUUCAAUGUGGCAACAUUUUGUAAAUAUUAAACAGGUAAAGCCUUUCUGAAGGACCUUUUGGCCCCUGUGGGCGGUUGAGAGAUACUUUACAAAGUGUUCCAUGGACUUUGAAGAUGAUUAUUGACAGGAUAAUACUGUUUUCAAAUGCUUUCAAUAACUUUCCCGCUGGGCACAUUUCCAACUGGGCAUUUUGGCUCAACGUAAUUUCAUUGAAAUGAUGUGGAAAUGACGUUGACUCAACCAGUGUGUGCCCAGUGAGUUUCUACCUUUGUUCUGUGUGUCAAGACCGUUUGUCAUAAGUAAAAAGCAGCCAACAUUUA